AUGGAGUCACCGGCCGGGAACCAGUGCUGGCGUUCUCUGUUGCGUCUCCGAUGGUGCCCACUGAUACGACGGCGAAAUUCGACCUCCCCGUGGACUCUGAACAUAAGGCAAAAAGUGUUUAAGCUGUUCUCAUUUGCAAACCCUCACAUGAGAACCUUCCAUCUCUCGUGGAUCUCUUUCUUCACCACUUUUGUCUCCACCUUUGCGGCGGCGCCACUCGUUCCCAUCAUCCGGGACAACCUGGAUCUCAAUAAAGCUGACAUCGGGAACGCCGGUGUUGCCUCCGUUUCCGGUAGUAUCUUCUCGAGGCUGGUUAUGGGUGCGGUAUGCGACUUGUUGGGGCCUCGUUACGGCUGUGCUUUCCUGAUCAUGAUGUCAGCACCUACCGUCUUCUGCAUGUCUUUUGUCAGCGACGCUAGUGGCUACAUAGCGUGA